AUGAACGAAGACGAUCGUUCUGACGUCAAGCCUAUAUUUCCACUGUUCCCCUCGGCUGGAUUUACACCAUCAACAUCUGCAUCCACCCAGAGAACUGAAUCUCUUGACUGGCUUGAGAAUGCUAGUUUUAGUACCCAGGCAGUCAGCACGGUCAUUGAGUUACAGAAGAAAGUGGCUGAAUAUGAAGCACAACAGAAUCAAGCUGACAGUUCAAGAAAAGCACCACCUGAAGACAUCCAGAGGCCGAUUGAGAAGAAACUGAAGAUGCUUAGAAAGGAAAGUGAAAUGGCUAAAAAAGAAGAAUCUAAAGCAAUCAAGAAAGAAGAAAAGGGACAUAGUAAAAAGAGAACCAAGAAAUCGAAACAUAAACACAAAAAUAAAAAUAAAGGUGAAGGACAAAGGGAGAUAGUGCCAACUGAAGAUUCAUUCAGUUUUCCUCCCGGAAAGAUUUUUCUUGAAGAAAUACCGGGACUGCUGUCCGAACAUGCGUACCGAAUAGACCGGAAACGAGACAAACUCCUCUGGACAUACAGCAGUCUGUGCAAGUCUCACAUUGCCACCUUCCGGCAUCUUACACGUCUGUGUUUGGGUUCGACGGCAGACAACAAGAUAUUUGUGGACAACAACUUUAAAAAGUCAAAGCAGACAAACAGUUCCAGCCAGGAUCGGUACUUCUCUAAAAAGAACAGGAAAUUUGUUUGGUCAACCGGUGUUACACUUUCUGCGACAGAUUCAUCUAAAGAUGAGAACUGUUUCAUAAAUUCUCACAUUCGGUUGUGCGAAAGUGGGAAUGUUCCAGGUGUGAGUGCGAAAGGAGGAGAGAAUGUUGAUCCUUUUGGAAUCAUGGACAAAUCCACUCGGUUGUAUGUACAGGGAAAGGGGGCCACAGAAUCUGAAGAUGACGACGAUGACAAUGAUGACAUCAUAAGUACAUCUGGAUUUCAGAUGAGUGAUAUCUUACAGAAAGUCGGGAUUUACAACAGAAGACUGAGAGAAUCUCCCCGCGAUGUCGACCUGUGGCUGGAAUUCAUCAAAUUUCAGGACCACGUCUUCGAGAAACUCCACACCCAGGACAACAAGACCCCUAAAACGGAAUUCAUAUCGUCUUCCAAGGCAGCCAUAGAAAAGAAACUGUCAAUCUUUGACAAGGCUUUGCAAGCUAAUCCGUCUUCGCUGGAGUUGAAGGUGGCACGGUUGAAGCUGAGCGAAGACGUGGCGAUGCCGGGGGAGGUGGACAAGGCCUGGGAUGACUUGCUGUUUGUUCAUGCUGGCAACGUGCGUGUGUGGAGAUACUAUCUCCUGCACCACCAGUCGAAGCUGUCAGGGUUUUCCGUGUCGCGGAUGACCAAGUUGUACCACAAGUGUCUGAAGACACUGAUCAUGGUCAUGGAAGGACGAUUACACUCUGCAGAUGUAUCGGACAACCUGCAGGAUGGAAUGAUCGAUAUUUUUGUCCAGUACUGCUAUUUUCUUCACCAAGCCGGCCACAUUGAGAAGGCAGUGGCAAGCUUUCAGGCUCUCAUAGAAUUCAACAUUUUUCUACCUCCCUCACUGAAGAAUUCCUCGACUGAUGACAAAGCAACAGUGUUUGAGAGUUUCUGGGAUAGCAGUGUGCCCAGGUUUGGAGAGGGUGGCGCCCGGGGGUGGGCAAAAUGGAUGGAAGAAAAAUCCAUGUCUAACAUUGCAACACCAGUAAUAUCAGAAGACACCCUUGAGCUGGAAGAAGAAAUCAUAUCACAACAGCUGCCUAAGUGUGACACCUGGCUCAGAAUCGAAACAUUACGCGAAUCGUUUCAUUGGUUGCCAUGGCGACCCGACGUCUCAAAGAACGAGACGGAGGAAGACUGUGAGGACCUGGAUAGACUGGUUCUUGCUGAUGAUGUCACACCGGUCUUGUUCUCUGUCGUGGGACCCGACCCGCAUUUUAGACUGAUGGUGGAGUUUGUGCAGUUUCUUGGAUUGAACGUUCGCCAGGCCGUUCUAGCUCGUGGUACUUUAAGUCAGUCUUCAGAGUAUGGUCAGUUUCUGAUGGACAAACUCCAUGCGGUCUCCUCUGACAUGAGAAUGGAGACUGGAAUACAGGUUGACAGCACAUGGAUACCGCCCCCGUCUCUGCACACCUUCCUACAGCAGGUGUUAAAACAAGGCAGUCAGGUGGUAGUGGACUCUCACCAGCAGACGUGUCUCACUCUCCUGAAAAUUCACCUCGAGUGUGUCAGACACGGGACUCCGCUCAGGGAACUGUCCAAACACGGGUGCAAAGAGCUGAGGAAGUUUGUCAAGAACGUCCUCAAGGAACCCCACUGCAGAAACAACCUCGUGAUCUGGAACGCGUACGCCAAGAUGGAGUGGCAGAUGGGCAAGAGGAAGGAUGCGGUGGGGGUUCUCGAAACCGCUCUGGGGAUGUUUUCACAGAACUGUGCAGACGACCAGUAUGCCGGUCUGUGUUCGUUGUACCAGACGUACUGUGAUAUCAUCCUCGGAUUCAGUCCCGAGCGGACCCUGGUGAUAGGAGUGAAGGACACGUCUACUUUUGAGUCUGCUCGUGACCUUGCCCUUUCUACUUUGUCCUUUCUGGCAGAAGGUUCACAAAUGAAACCAGGAUGUUCUGCUGACAUUUCCGGCAGCCGAGUGUUGAAAAUCAGAAAGCAUUUUCAGGAGAAGUAUUCCAAGCUAAUGGAAAAUUUCCAGACGACAGCAAACGUCAAGGCAGCCGACCUUGUCCUUCAGCAUCUGUCAUGUAUGGCAACCUUUGACCUCUGUGCCAUUGGAACAGACUCUGCUCUGUCACUGUUUGAUGAGACAGCAGGAGUGUGUAGAUCUCUAGAAGAAAUGGAUAAAGAACACCAGCCACUUGUCCGUCUGCUAAGGGAAGAGAUUUUACACCGAAAGUUGUCUCUCAUGCAGAAUGUGUUCAGUACAAGAGUUAUGUCCCUGGACAAGUUGAGGUCCGUGUUGAACAGUAACCUGGAGCAGUUUCCGGACAGUCCGUUGUUCCUGGACUGUCUGGUGGUCGUGGAGUCCAGGUCACACAUAUCUGGGAGACUGAGGCGCCAUUUCGAUAAGGCUCUCUCCCGUAUGGGUUCGCCUGUUCCUGUGAUAUUUGCCAUCCUCUCCGAGAUGUUGAGACAGCAUUAUGUUCAGGCCCAGCUGCAGGACGGAUCCAGCUAUGUAAAAGAUGUCACUGUUGUGAGCGAGACUGGAAUCGUCCACCGAGUGAGGUCUCUGUUUGAACGAGGACUGGAACACAAGGCUGCAGAACACUGUCCACUUCUGUGGAGAAUGUACAUCCAGUUUGAGGUGAAAUAUGGCAGUACUGAACGAGCGAAGGGAAUCUUCUACCGAUCUCUACAGCAGUGUCCAUGGGCAAAGGUUCUGUACAAGGAUGCAGUGAGUGUGUUUGGAGCGGAGCAGCUACAGGAGGUGGUGGACCUCAUGACUGAGAAGGAAAUACGUAUACAGAUACCAGUGGAGGAAGUCGACCUUCUGAUGGCUUCAGAACCGGCUGCUGCACUCCAGGGAGAGUCGGACGAUGGCAUCAUGUUGGACGAUGAUGCACAAUCUGGUGAUGGUGUGAAGUCAGAUGAUGGUGUGAAACAGAAUGAUGGGUUAGAAUCUGGUGAUGGUGUGAAGUCAGAUGAUGGUGUGAAACAGAAUGAUGGGUUAGAAUCUGGUGAUGGUGUGAAGUCAGAUGAUGGUGUGAAAUAGAAUGAUGCUGAAUCAGAUGAUGGGUGGUGCAGAAUGAGAUAAUGGUGUGAAACAGAAUGAUGCCAAAUUGGAGGAUGGCAUGAAAUAGAAUGAUCCUGAAUCAGAUGAUGGUGUGAAAUAGAAUGAUCCUGAAUCAGAUGAUAGUGUGAAAUAGAAUGAUCCUGAAUCAGAUGAUGGUGUGAAACCAGAUGGUGGAACAAAAUCAUAAAAUUGUGCAGAAUUAUAACCAGACCACACCACAUGAAAACGAACUGUAUGUACUGGGAAUCAAUGGAUCACAGUUGAGAUUCAACUAUAUACAGAAGAUUAUAGUGAACAAAAAACAUUAAAAGUUUGUUACUCCAUCCAACAAUAACCAUAGUUUCAUUCCGUUUAGUAUCUAUGCAAUUAGAACCUGAAGAAAAGGCCAACAAAAAUGUUGAUGUGAGAAUUUGUAAUAGCCAAGACAUUGACAUCGAGCUACUUGUCAAAUUUGAUUACAAAUGAUAUUUAAAAAUAUAUAGACAUAUAUCUACAUGUUCUGAUCCAUUUGGAGAAGAAACAAUAUGUAUAUAAAUUAUAUACCGAGUAUAUAUGUACAUGUACUUGCAUAUCAUAUAUGCAAUCAUUAAAUGUUGAAAAUAGAAAUGUGAUUUGAUUGAUAGUUAUCACCAAUUUCAAUUGUUGUUGACGUUUUCCUGAAAUAGUUUGAUUGCAAAAUAAUAACAAUUUACCAUUGUCACCAACUCCUUGGUCUCCUCUGAAAUUUAAGAACCACUUCUCUCGUUUUUGUACAAGGUUAACAUUAAACAAACAUUCCUGUCUUUGUUGAAAGGUUAUUUUUGUUAUAAAGAAAAUAAAGUUACGAGU